CAAGUUCCCGGGCUCGGAUGAGAGAUGUGACACAGAACGGCAGAGGCAGAACACGGAGCCGGCGCUGAAACGGCAACAUUGUCCGCCCCACUCCACACACACACUUACGGCGAGGGAGGAGGCCGCUUGCAUCGUAUGCAAAUACAGGCGCUGACGUUGGAGUCACGUGGCCGGGCGCGGGGGCUGUCUCCCCGAUGUUGCUACAUUCCGUGCUGCGAUUCAUUGUAACCAGGAGAAGCGCUACAAUGUAUCCAGGUUUAGACGCUACUAAGAGACUUUGGAAGCCCUUUUCCCCAACAUCUCUUCAAUCUGAGGCUGUUGCCCCAUUUUCUUCAAUGAUGAUAGCUUGGGCUGCUGUUUUUAUGAACUACAUCCUCUGCUUACAAUGAAACCCAAAGUAAAGUUCUACUGUGAUGCGGCCAAACGAGGUGCUAGUGGGAGCUGACGGCAGUCAGUAAAGGCAGAGCUACCGCAACCUGAAAUCGUGCUGGACAGGCUUCCUUCAAGAGACCCUUGGCCUUCAGCAAGGCCCUUGGCCAGCUGCCCUUAUCUCCCAGCCACUGAUGGCUAGCAAACGGAAGUCAACAACGCCGUGCAUGGUUCGUGCCACAGACGUGAGAGAGCAAGACCCAGACUUGGAGAUCAUUGGGCUGGCUGCUGGGUCCCCGCACCAGUUGUCUGAAGGGAGCUGGCCAGCAGAGAGUGGGAUGAGUGAUGGGGAUCCAGGUUUGGAGAAAGCUGCCUUAGACACUCACCAGACCAAGAAGCUGGAAGGAGGUUAUGAAUGUAAAUACUGCACCUUUGAAUCACAGGACUUGAAUGAAUUUACAGAACAUGUUGAUACCCUACAUCCGAAUGUCAUCCUCAAUCCGUUUUACGUCUGUGCAGUAUGUAACUUUACAACAAAAAGGUAUGAUACUUUUACUGAUCACAAUAGUAGGUAUCAUCCAGGAGAGAGCAGCUUCAAGUUAAAGUUGAUAAAGCGCAACAACCAGACCAUUCUAGAACAAACCCUUGACGACCCCACGAGCGGCAGGAACGCAGAUAAAGAGGAGAUGCCUCCCGCCGGAAUCUCCAUCAGCAAAACUCCCAUCAUGAAGAUGAACAAAAGCAAAGUCGACAGCAAGAGGAUAAAUACGGUGUCACGAGUGAAAGAUGAGUUUGGCGCCACGCAGGAGAGCAAGGCAGAAGAGAACGCCAAUGGCCCUGUCCACACUGGUUUGGUUGUUCCAGAGACUGUGAUCAAGGAUGGGGUAGCUCAUGUGAUGCCUUCUAUACAGCCACCACCAAACUUCAACCUAAUACCCAAAGUCAUGAUCCCCAUGCAUGGCUGCAAGUAUAACACCGCAAUGGACAUUAACAAAAACCUGAUAGGCUCCUUUAACAAAUUCCCCUACCCUACCCAAGCAGAACUGUCCUGGCUGACGGCAGUGUCGAAGUAUCCAGAAGAGCAAAUUAAAAUGUGGUUCUCAACGCAACGCCUUAAACAUGGCAUCAGCUGGGCUCCCGAGGAGGUGGAGGAAGCCAGGAAGAUGAUGUUCAACGGUACUAUCCAGACGCCAACAAUCACCGUUGUGCCGGCCGCCGCCAAAGGCAGCACGCAGCAGAUUGUCCAGACGGGGGUGCCGUGCCAGUUGGUUGGUCAGACCGGUAUCGUGUUGACUCAAGUUGCAAACGGGGCAGCGACAUCGUGCUCCCCCAUCACCUUGACCGUGGCCGGCAGCUCGAGUCAAGCCCAAUCCCAGAAGCGGGGGAUGCUGCCCUCCCAAGUGCUGGCGGAUUCGAAGCAGGCGAACGUCAUCCAGGUCUGCACUGCGCAGCUGGCGUCGCAAGGCAACUCGGUCCUGUUCUCGCCGGGAAACGUGGACGUCGGCGUCAGCCGCAAGAAGACUAAGGAGCAGAUGGCGGAACUGAAAGCCAGCUUCGCUGUCAGUCAGUUCCCCGAUGACGACGAGGUUUUCCGGCUGAUGCAGGUCACCAAGCUCUCCCGGUCAGAGAUUAAAAAGUGGUUCAGCGACAACCGCUACCGAACCCAGAAGGGACACUCGAGUCACACCUCUGCUGAGACCACGGUCACCAUCCCACACGAACCUGCUGGUGGCCACGGAGCUCGCCGAUCUGGAUGGAGCACCUUCUCUGACUUUGGGUCCCAUAAGUUCAAAGAGAAGAGCGCGGAGCAGCUGAAGGUGCUGGAGGAGAGCUUCCAGAACAGCUCCUUCCCGACGGACGAGGAAAAGGAUAGACUGCGGGUGGAGUCGAAGCUGACCAGGAGAGAAAUAGAUGCCUGGUUUUCCGAGCGGAGGAAACUGCGAGACUCUUUAGAAGGAGGGAUUCUAGAAAUGAGGAGAGCCGACCUGAAGCAAGAAAAUAUAAAAUCAGAGAUCGCUGAAAACGUCCACGUCAAAAUGUCACAGUCUGCUGCACACUACCUAUCCAAGUCUGGGACUGCCCCUCCAAGUGGAGCACAGCAGCAUAUUAAAACCACCAGUCCCAUUGACAGGACUCAUAAAAAGAGCCAGGAGCAGCUACAUAUCCUGAAGAGUGCAUUUGCACGCACUCAAUGGCCAACCGUGGAGCAGUAUGACACGUUAGUGGUGCAGACUGGACUGCCUCGAAAUGACAUAGUGCGUUGGUUCGGCGACAACAGAUAUGCAAUUAAAAAUGGCAAUCUAAAAUGGCUUGACCAUUACCAAAGAGCGAAUUCAGAUGGUCACAAUGGGCAGAGUAACUUCAAUGGCAGCGGGGCACGGGGCAGCAGAGGGCACAAAAUGGCGGGUGCUUGGAGUGGAGCAGCGCAUUCGACGCAAAGCCGGAGCGGUAAGUCGGUCCUAUUGCAGUAUUACAUGCAGCACAGGCAGCUGAAGGAAGAAGACCUGGAUGAGUUAGUGUCAAAGUCCAACAUGAGCUAUGAGCAGGUGAGGGACUGGUUCGCGGAGAAGCAAACGGAGGACGCUAUGGACACGUCUGAGAGCAACAGCAGAGACGGGCAAUGCAGCGAGGAGGAUGAGCACGAAGACUGGACUAUGGUGGACGAUAUAAAUGAGAGAGAUGACUAUGUCCUGUCUGAGUACACUGGCAACUGGGCUCGUGCGUCACAGUGCAGCUCGACUGGGUUUAAUGAACUGGAUUCAGAAAGCAUGUCUGCCGAAAAUUCGAACAUAUAGCUAAGAAAACCAAAUGAGAAAAUAACUGACGCACAUAGCAACGUGUCUAAAGAAAACUACAACUACCAUUUCUAUUCUCUAUGAUGCAAAGAAAGUAACUGAGGCUUUGUCUCGCGCUCUGUAUUGUGUGAAACAGCAAAGAGAGACGGAAUGAAAGACUGACUUACUGUACAAGUAUCUUUCUGAAAGUGAGAGAUUCAAUUCUAUCCACAGUGCCAAAGUUUUACUACUACUGCAAUCAAAAGGGUCUUUGUAAAUAUCUUUUUUCUGUUUUUGAACAGAUUUGUACAAUUUAGGAAUUUUAUUACAUUUAUAAUUGGUGAGAGUUAACUUUACAGAUCAGGGUCUGUUCUUUGCGCCCUCUUGUUUUUUUUUAGAUUUAGUAACCACUAUCAGGCUGUUGUUUUGGCAUCUUUUACUGUCACUACUUCACAACUAGAAGUAAAUAAUAAAAAAAGUCUGGACCUCCAGAUCAAGGAGGACUGAGAGACUGAAUCUUUUGACAUCUUUUGAUCUCUGACAUACAAAAUGGCAGGAAGAAAAUAUUUAACAAGCACAUUAUUGUUAGCAGCUUUUUAUUGUAAGAGGCUACAUUUAUAAUGGAAUGCAAACUGCUCUAGCCAGCUUCACUCAGCUAGAGAUGUGCAAUAUUGACUUAUUUAUGUCAGUAUGAUAUCAUUAAAGUUGCAGUAACUUGUUUCCUAUCUUUUGCAAAAUUGCAUAUUCAGAAAAUAAACUGUGUUGUCCCCGGUUUGCAUUUUUGUUGUCAUUCUAGUCGCUAUCAAAGUUUGGGAGACUUAUUGGCAGUGUCUGAGUUAGAUUUUUGGAGUUGGACAGAUGGGUUUAUGCUGUUAACAGCUGCUGAAAGGCACACAUCUGACUUUGUGAUCUCCCAUAAGACCUCAACUUGCAUGGCAAUGAUGAAUUCAAAUUCUAUCCUGAUUACUGUCUAGGAUCACUGCAAGAUAAGAGACUGCUCAUUCAAAACAGAUGCCAUAGAAAUUUCUUUCCACAGAAGUUAGUGAAUCUCUGGAAUUCUUCAUCCCAGAGGGUGUGGAGACCAGAUGACAGGUUUUUAAGGUAGAGGCAGAUGAAUUUUUGAAAGACGAGGGAAAUGUCACAGAAGAGGAGUUGUGAACAGUGUUAAUCAACCGUCAUCAUCAAAUUGAAUGAUGGGGCAGGCUUGAGAGGCUUAAUUUGCCUGUUCUCUUGUGUUUUCUAUAAUUCUAUUAACUCAUUCAAGGUCUCAGUCAUGAAUUCAAUCUCCAUCCUUGUUAUUGUCUGAUUAAGUAACAUUGCAAAGGGAAAGUAAUCACAUUUCAGUCGAGAACUCUAAACAGCCACUUGCAAGGGGUGGCUUUUUGUAUUCAGGGUACUAUAGCAUGGAAACAAGCUCUUUGGCCCAUCUACUUGCACCUGGAUCACAUUGCAACAAACUCUUCCCAUCCAUGUACCUAUACAAACUUCUCUUAAAUGUUAAUUGAACCCACAUCUACCCUUCCAAUGGCCGUUCAUUCUACACCCACACUGCCCCCUCAAGUGAUGUGAAGCAGUUCCGCUCAGACUCCCCUUAAACUUUUAACAUUUUACUCUAAACCAAUUACUUCUAAUUCUAGUCUCUGCCAACCUGAGGGGAAAAUGCCUGCAUGUAUUCACAAUAUCUAUAUUCCCUGCUAAUUUUGUACACAUCCAUUAGAUUUCCCCUCAUUUUCCUGCACUCCUUUUCAACCUUUCCCUAAAUCUUGCAUUCAAAUCAUAGCAACGUCCAUGUAAAUGUUCUCCGCACUCUUUCAAGCUUAUUGAUCGUUUCCUGUAGGUAGGUGACCAGAACUGUAUAUGGUACUCUAAAUUUGGCCUCAACGAUGCCAUGUUCAUCCUGUCUUCUGUACUCGGUGUCUUGAUUUAUGAAGGUCAAUGUGCCAGAAGCUCUUUACAAUCCUACCUAUGAUGCAGCUUCAAAGGAGUUAUGGAUCUGCAUUCCCAGGUCCCUUUGUUCUGUAGCACAGCUCAGAGCCUAUCAUGCACUGUGCAAGUCUUACCCUGGUUUGUCUCCCAAAGUGCAACACAUCAUACUUGUCUGCAUUAAAUUCCAUCUGCCCUUUUUUCUCCCAGUCCAUUUUCCUAGCUGGUCCAGAUCACACUUCAAGCUUUGAUGGACUUCCUUGCUGUCCUGUCCACUCUACCCCGAAGGGUUCGGUUUAAUUAGAGUGUGGGAUUAAUUGCAAAAAAAAAAUGGAAAAGCAUUGUGGCAUAUAUUUAAAAAUUGGACAGGUGAGAGUUAAAAGUUACACUGGAAAAAUAAUCCUGCCCCUUUUAAAAUUGCUAAGUUACAGUUAAAGAUGUGAAAAUAAUAUAGCCUAAUACAUCAAAGAACAAUGAAUGUGAUUACACUGUGAUUUAAUAACAAACUCUGCUAGUGGCCCCAAAUAGUUAUAUUUAAUAGAAUGUCACUUAAUUUAUUAUGCACAUUAAAUCUGCAUGUGUUUUAUUAACAACCAUCCCAGCUGAUUGACUGCAGCUGCUAUUAGUUUAGACUUUUUUUAUCAUGUGUGUUAUUAUGAGGGCCAACUAUUUUUUUAAAAUUCUGCUAUUACACAAUUUGUUUCAAUUAUUUGAUUUUGUACAAACAUGUAUUUUAGUUUUCAUUAUAAAAUAUAGUUAUUGUGAAGUUGCAAGACCUAAACCAGCACUUCCAAGCUUACUAUUCAUCCCACGAGAAAUUCUGCAGAUGCUGGAAAUCCAAAGCACACACACAAAAUGGUGAAGGAACUUAGCAGGCCAGGCAGCAUCAAUGGAAAUGAAUAAACAGUCAGCGUUUCAGGCCGAGGCCCUUCUUCAGGAAGAUUUAGUAAUCAUCCCUUUGCUUCCUUCAGGAAUCUAAGAAAUUAUCAAAGUUUUCCUUUGAAUGAAGAUGUGCCAUCCUUUGGAGAUGCUUGUAAAUGGAGAACAAAGAAAUAGGAGCAGGAGUAGCCCAAGUGCCUGUCGAGUCUACUUCGCCAUUCAUUACCAUCAUGGCUAAUCUGCUGUGGACUCAUCUCCACCUUAUCCACUUCUUCCUCGUAAACCUUAAUUCCCCUACUCUACAAAAGUCUAUCUGUGUCUUAAAAUAUAUUUAAUGAAGUAGCCUCGACUGUUUCCCUUGGCAGAGAAUUCCACAGAUUCACUCAUCUCUGGGAAAAGCACUUCUUUCUCAUUUCCAUUCUAGAUCUAUUUCCCUGAAUCUUGAGGCCAUGUCCCCUAACCUUCCUGUCUCUGUCUUACAGAAACAUGUAAAAUUAUGAAAGGGAUCAAUAGGAUUCCCUCAUUCUUCUGAAUUCAGUGAGUAUAUUCACAGGCUAACCCCUCAUCUCCAGAAUCACCAUGGUGAAUGUCCUCUGAAUUGCUCCAAAGCCAGUAUGUCUUUCUUCAAGUAAAAUGAUCAGAAUGCAGUACUUCAUGUGUAGCCUCAGCAGUUGCGGCAUAACCCCCCUGCUUUUAAAUUCAGUCCCUCUAGCAGUGAAGGCCAACAUUAUUUUGCUGCCUUGAUAACCUGUUGGAUAAGUCUUGCAGCAUUAUUGAAUGCCCUCUGGAAAUGCAGGUAUACCACAUCCUUCUGUAUUUCCCCUUUAUCCACUGCACUUGCCCUGCACUUCCUCAAAUAAUUCCAAUAAGUUUGUCAGACAGGACCUACCCUUCCAAAAUCCAUGUAACGUCUGCUGAUGAAACCAUUUCAAUCUAGAUUUCUCAUGAUUUCAUCCUUAAUGAUACCUUCAAGCGUUUUUCUACCUACAGAUGUCAUGCUAAUCAGCCUUCUGCCUACAUCCUCUUUUUAAACACUGUCUUCCAAUCUGCUGGGACUUGUUCAGAAUGCAGUGACUUUUGGUAAAUUAUUACAAACACCUCUGUUAUGAUUUCCACUACUUCUUUCAGUACACUGUCAUCAGGACCAAGGGACUUCCCUACCUUUAGGCCCACUAGGUAGCUCAGCAGUACCUCUCUAAGAUGGCCUUAUUCUCCAUCACAUCAAUAACAUUUUCCUUUGACAUGUCAGACAUGAAGACUAAUACAAAACAUUUGUUGGAAGCCUCGAUUAUUUCCACAUUAUCCAAUAUUAAUUCAUCCUUCUUGUCUUUGAGGGACCUACAUUCACUUUAGGCACCCUUUUCUGCUUUAUAUAAUUGUAAAACGUUUACUAUGUUUUUAUAUUUUGUGCUAGUAUAAUCUAUCUUUUACUUGGUGUUUUUUUUUGUUGCUCUUUGAAUUUUCCCAUUAUUCCAGUUUCUCACUACUCUUGGUGACUUUGUAUGCCUUCCUUUAUUUCCUUAGUUUUCCAAGACUGGCUCUCCCCACACUUUCAGUCCUUGCUUUUGACCAGAAUAUACUUUUAUUUAGCUCUAAAAGAUAUUUAAAAGUCUUCCAUUGUUCAUCAACUGGCCCGCAUAUAGCCCCUGUUCCCAAUCUAUGUUACUAUGUUAGCUAACCCCCCCCCCGAUACCUUUGUCAUCUCCCUUGUUUAGGUAUAAUAUAGUGGUUGUAGGUUGAAGGACCAGAUUUAAGUCUACAUGUUCUCUCGUAGGUUUAAUGACAUGAUGUUCAAGAAAGGUCACAGAUGCAUUCUAUGAAGUCCUUGUCUUUUGCAUCUGAGUUUUCUAUACUCCAUCCUCACUUUUCUUUAAACGUUUAGUACAUGGAGCUUAGAAAAGUGGAGGGCUAUGGGUAACCCUAGGUAAUUUCUAAAGUAAGUACAGUACCUGUUUGGCACAGCAUCGUGGGCUGAAGGGCCAGUAUUGUGCUGUAGGUUUUCUGCAAUGCAUACCUCUGCCUUUCUGCAUGGAUUCCCAUUCCCUCUGCCAGAAAACAAUCCCCUUAGGAUACUGAUCCCAGCCCUGCCCGGGUGCAGAGUGUCUGGUUUGUGUUGAUUCCACCUCCUGCAGAACCAACUGCAAUGCCCCAGGGAUCUGAAAACUGCUCAAGCCACAUAAUCACCCUAGCUACUCUGCCAUUCCCAGUCUGACCAGCAUGGGCACAGGUAGCAGUUCUGAGAUAAUUCUAUUUGAGGUCCUUUUAAAAAAUUUUCUCCUAGUUCCCAAAAUUCAGCGUGUAGCAGCACACCCUGCUUUUUUCUUCCCUAUAUCAUUGGCAGCGACAUGCAGACUGACAACUAGCUCUUCACCCUCCCUUUUUUUAGAAUGUCACUCCGAGACAUCCGUGGUAGGCAAUGUAUCAACCAGAAAUCCUGUUUGUGGCCUCAAAAGCUCCUGUCUAUUCCCUUUACUAUGGAAUCUCCUACCACUAUAGCUCUGCCAUUCUUUCAUGCCCUCUUGUACAGCAGAGCCACUAAUAUCUUAGCUACAGCCUUCCCAAGAUGAGCCAUCUCCCUCCUCCCCCCCCCCCACCCCCACAUAUAUCUGUUUUGAAGGGAGAUAGCUGCAAUAGAUUCUUCCACUACCUUACUGCAACUGCUCCUCCUGUUGGUCAAACACUUCCUAUCUUCCUUUAGAUCUUUAGGCUGCAGUGUGACCAGUGGACCCGUGCACAGCUUCCGUGCCGUCAUGCGGACUGUGAUGAGCUUCAGCUUGAUGCACUUACUACACGUAGUCAUCAGAGACUCUGGCAGCCUUCCUGAGUCUCAACAUUGCACAGGAGGGGAAUGACACAGCUCAAAGUUCACCUGCCAUGACUACAAGCUUUGAGGGGAGAAAUCUGAUCAGCUUAAGAAGUAGUAGAAAACCACCACCCUGGUGCUGUUUGCCUUCCUUGCUGAAGCAUAGCAUUCACCAAAGCCCACACCUGGACAACCAACAGCACUUUGACCAGACAGCAGCCCAUCUCAAAAUGGCUGCUGCACUGGACUGCCUUAAUUUUAUUGGCUGGGUUACCAAACCUUAAACCAAUCAAAUGAAAGAAAACUUUACUGAUUAAUUGUAAAUAGAACAAGUUGGAUCUACUGCUAGUCCAAGGAUGUAUGAAUUGUGCAGGUGAGAUGGUAUUGUAUAUGACUGCAGUAACUCCAAUAAAAAGGUAAGAAAAGAUUAUAUUGCCUUAUUACCUUAAUAACGGCUUUGACUUUUAUUUCUAUUUGGAUUAUGUUUACUAAACUCGGUAUUAACUGAUUAAAAGCUUGUGCACAUCCUCGCUAGUUGUUAAUCUGAUGUUGGGCACUGUUUGUAGUGUAGUUUUGCUUUGUUUCAUGGAACAUCACAGAUAAGGUCAAUGUCUAUUAUGCUGUACAAUUUUCCCCGACUGUAGAGGGACCACUAUCUGCACUGAUGGUUACUAGAGUCACAUAUAACCUUGGCAGGUUAAGGAUGGUGGAUGCUCACCUUCUCAUUGGGGAACCAUUCUUUUCUUCUUGACAAUCCAGUAAUUUAAUAAUGACCAUAAAUGAUAUUAGCUUCUCGAUGCAGAAUGACUUAAUUACUCUGCCAAGUCGACAUUUGAACAUGUCUCUGGGUUGAUAUUGUUCAUGCUGUGUCUGUACAUUAAUGAAUUCUAAUCAAGUAAUAUAACUGCCACUGUAGUUCUGUGUUCCCAAGCAAUUUGCAUUUCAACAUCAAUUGUAGUUGGGUUUUAAUCAUUAUUCCUAAUUACACCCAAGAAGGUGAUGAAUCACAUUCUUGAACUAAUGUUGUCCAUAUGUUGAAGGUCUUUCUCCCUGCAGUGUGAUUAAGUAAGGACUUCAGAGAUUUAGAGUCAGAUAUUUUCCAGGGUGAGACGACAUUGACCCCUCAUGUUAGUGUUCCCCAUAUGGCCACCCUUUAUAUCUUGGACAGUAAAGGUCUCAAUUAUUUUAAGUAUGUGGUGAAAGAGCCUUGGCCAAGGUGAACGAUACCUUGCAUUUUCACAGGCAUAUUUUGAAACUGCACACCCCUAUCAAUAUUAGUUGUCUGAGUAUAGUUUGCUGGAUUUUUUUUGUUUGUUUUUGUGCACCAUUCUCUGUAAAUUCUAGAGACUGUUGUGCAUGAAAACCCUAGCAGAUCAGUAGUUUCCAAGAUGCUCAAACCACCCUGUCUGGCACCAACUAUCAUUCCAUGAUCAAAGUCACUUCGAUCACAUUUCUUCCCUAUUCUGAUUGGUCUGAACAACAACAACCUGCAAGUUUUAUGCAUUAAAUUGCAGCCACAUCAUUAGCUGAUUAGAUAUUUGCAUUAAAAAACAGGUGUACUUAAUAAAGUGGCCACUGAGUGUAAAUGUUUGCAAUUGACUCCAGAGGAAAAAAGUUGUCAUUCAUAAUCCUGCAAUCUUUGUCUUAAUUAGCACAAAAUGUCAGACAAAAGUAUUAUUGUUAAAGUGAAUUAUAAUCAUGCAUAAAUUUCAAAGCAGGAGAACUUAAGUCUUUUUCCUAUGUUUUUAAUUGCGGUCAGUACAUAAAUCCUGCAAAGAUCAUUGAGAUAUAAAAUUUAUCCCUUGUGUAAGUUUCUGCUACACAGUAAGUGAUUUAAUUCAUUGUGAAGUAAACUAUUCUUUUGUCAUUGUCAAUAUAUAUUCAUCUGCAUUUGGUUUAGUCAUACCUUUAUUGCAUUUUUCAAGCAUUUUGAACACAGCUAAAUGAAAUUUACCUGUUCAAAUGUACCAAUCCUUUUAUUGAUCCACACUGUUACCUUGUGCAAAUCUAUUUUGAUACUCAAUUUCUUUGGAAUUAAUUUUAGCACCUAAAGAUAUAACAAGAGAUAAGAUAGGUUCCGUUUAUUCUGACUGGAAUGUAGAUUGAGGGAUAACAGUGGUGUAUAAAAUUGAAAGGCAUAGAUAGUCUUGCUUUUUUCUUGGUUCAGGGGAUGUGAAUCUAUGUUUAAGGUGAAAGGGGAGAAAUUUAAAGAUUUUUCACAUAUGAUGGUGUGUGUGUUGAACUGCCAAAGGAAGCUGUAGAUGGUUACAAUUACAAUGUUAAAACUUAUUUGGAUGGGUGCUGCAAUAGGAAAGGAGUUAUGGAACGCAGGCAAAUGGAAUUAACACAUAGAAUAGGGAUUGUGGUCAAGUGGACAGCAGGGUCUGUAUCUGUGAUGUACAACUGACUGUAAAAUGUUCAAGUUGCUUUUGUGACUUUUCCUGAAUACUGUUACCAGAAAUAUAGACUUUCUUUUAUAUGUCCUGCAUGAUCCACUAACUAGUAGAGAGAAAAUAACCAGUUCACUAUUCAUACACUUAAAUGUUCAGCAUUUCUAUUCUAAAUAUUUUAUCAUAUUUAUUAUUUUUAAUAAUUUGUGAAUAAAACAGUAAUUAAAACUCCCUUUUCCAUCUUCUCCUGCUUGCUGAUAGUUCUGUGAACGUAUUGGCUGACAACAAUGGUUAAAAAUUUGUUACAUUUGGAAAGUGCACAGAAUCCUUUUCAAAGAAAUAAAUUGAAAACUGUUUUUCUUGUGUAUUAAGACCCAAUGUGACUUGGGUUGUUUACUUGGAGUGAA